AUGGCGAUCUGUACUUAUAACGCACGUACGCUUGCAUCGGAAGCGGCCAUCGAGGAUCUGAUGAUGCAAGCCAAGAAGAUCAAGUACGACGUCAUCGGACUGACCGAGACGAGACGACGUCACCCUCUCAACGCCGUAUAUGAAACUGGAGAAGAACUGUUCUUAGGAACAUGCGACAGUAGAGGUGUUGGUGGAGUUGGCGUCCUCGUCAACACGAGUAUGGCAAAGAACAUCGACUCUUUUGAACAACUUACGACCCGAAUCGGACGUCUGCGGAUGAGAAGAUGUGGCCCAAUACCAGCUUUAACUAUCUUCGUCGUUUACGCUCCAACAUCAAGCUACGAAGAAGAAGAAGUCGAAGCUUUCUAUAUGGACCUGGAGAAGUUCUACCAAGAAGAUCAUGCCUUCUACAAGGUCAUAGUUGGCGAUUUCAACGCUAAGGUUGGCCCAAGAAGAACGCCGGAGGAACUUCACAUCGGGACCCACGGCCUACAAUGGAAUGACCAGGGAGAGAGGCUCUCCGAGUUCAUCAUGACGACUAAGACCAUCCAUGGGAACUCGCAAUUUCAGAAGCCCUCUUCUUUACGCUGGACGUGGGAGUCACCCGGUGGAGGGUACCGUAAUGAAAUAGACCACAUCAUCGUCAAUAAAAGGUUCUGCCUGACGGACGUCGGUGUUGUACCAAAGUUCUAUACGGGCUCGGACCAUCGCCUCCUCCGAGGAAGAUUUUCCUUCACAAGGAGAGCAGAGAAAGCCGCCAAGUUCAGAGAGAGAAAUCCCAGGACUACCAUCAACUGGGAUCUCUUCGCUACGCUAGCCGGCUUUUGGGAAGAUUCUACAAUGGACAACAUCGACGAGGAAUAUGACCGGCUUGUCGAACACCUUCACGACUGCGCGAAGAAGGCUGAGAGUUUUAAAGCCACCAAGAGGCGCCUGUCUCUUGAAACUCUUGAGCUGAUACGCCAGCGUGGAGCAGCACGAGCCGCAGGGAACCAAGAACUCACGUCCGAGCUCGCAAGGCUUUGCCGAGAGGCGAUAAAGGAAGACCUUAAAGAGAGAAGAGCAGAAGUGCUGGCUGAAGCUGCAGAGGCGGGGAAAAGCAUCCGCUAUGCCCGUCGAGACUUCGCCAGUCGCAAGACGAGGAUGACUGCUCUCCGGAACCCAAAGGGAACAGCCAUUGCAUCGAGAAGGGGGAUGGAGAAAAUCAUCUACGACUUCUACUCUGAUCUCUUCGACAGCCAUGUCCACUUGCCUCCUCACCAUCUGAGGGAAGAUGGACAAGUCAUUCCAGAGGUUCUCCCGUCCGAAAUACGACAUGCUAUCAUGUCGGUAAGAAAUCGUACGGCACCCGGUCCCGACAGAAUAAGACCAGAACACCUGAAGAGCCUUCCGCCAGUACUCAUCAACACCCUGGCGAGGCUCUUUACACGUUAUCUGUCGGAAUGCAAGGUUCCUAAACAGUGGAAGACCAGCAAGACCGUGUUGUUGUACAAAAAGGGAGAUCCACAUGACAUCGGCAACUAUCGCCCAAUCUGCCUACUGUCCGUCAUCUACAAGCUCUUUACAAGAGUAAUCCUUAAUAGGAUUGAAAAAGUCUUGGAUGAAGGACAGCCAUGCGAGCAAGCAGGGUUUCGAAAAGGAUUCAGCACGAUUGACCACAUUCACACUGUUUCGAAACUCAUCGAGGUAUCACGAGAGUACAAGAUGCCGCUCUGUCUCACCUUCAUCGACUUAAAGAAGGCUUUCGACUCGGUUGAGACGGAAGCGGUCGUGGAAGCCUUGGACAACCAAGGCGUCCCUACUCAGUAUAUAAAGGUACUUCGCGAGUUGUACGGUAACUUCACGACCGGAAUUUCGCCAUUCUACAAGAACAUCAUCAUUGACGUGAAGAGGGGGGUCCGACAGGGUGAUACAAUUUCACCCAAAAUAUUCACAGCCACCCUCGAGAACGCAAUGCGAAAGUUGGAAUGGGACGACAUGGGAGUGAAGGUUGAUGGUCGGCAGCUACACCAUUUGCGCUUUGCUGAUGACAUCGUACUGGUAACACCUAGCAUCAGCCAAGCGGAACGAAUGCUGACCGAAUUCGACGAAACAUGUGGAUGCAUCGGUCUUCAGCUGAACCUACAAAAGACGAUGUUCAUGCGGAACGGAUGGGUUUCGGAUGCCCCAUUCACGCUCAACGGAACGAACAUAUCCGAAUGCACCAGCUACGUUUAUCUGGGUCGGGAACUGAACAUGAUGAACGACCUGACCCCCGAGCUGGGCAGGAGGAGACGAGCGGCUUGGGGAGCGUACAAGAGCAUCGAGGAUGUAGUGAAGAAGACCAGGAACACCCGGCUCCGUGCUCACCUCUUCAACACCACCGUACUUCCUGCUUUGACCUAUGCUUCGGAAACCUGGACAUUUCGCAAGCAGGAAGAAAACGCGGUGAGCGUCAUUGAACGCGCAAUUGAGAGAGUGAUGCUAGGAGUAUCCCGUUUCACGCAAGUGAGGGACGGGAUUCGAAGUUCUCUCCUACGUCAGCGAUCGAAGAUUAGAGACGCCGCCGCGUUUGCCAAGGAAAGUAAAAUAAGGUGGGCCGGACACGUGAUGCGCUUUGAUGACAACCGUUGGACCAGAGCCGUGAGCGACUGGGUUCCCCGCGAUAUUAAGCGCACUACAGGAAGACCGCCGACCCGAUGGUCAGAUUUCUUCACGAAGUCCUUGAAAGAAAAAUAUGAUGCUCUUCGUGUCCCACGCGAAAGGAGGAACCACUGGGCUACUCUGGCACGCGAUCGGGACAAAUGGAAGAAUUACUGGCGCCCGCUCGACCAGUUCGAAGAUCAACGGGAGUCAAGGUGA